GUCAGCCCAAGCCCGGUGGUUGUUGGAAGGAAAAAAUUGGUAAACAGCGCGAGGCGGCCGGACCGUGCUCCCGAAUCUGCCUCGAGCGUCCGGCGACCGCUCGACCAGCCGCCGAGCGACAGCUUCCGCGGAGCCUCCAGUGUGUCCAGUUUGACUCCUAUAACAGAGCCGAUCUUUCUAAUCAGUUUAUUGAGCCUGCUGGCAUCACUCGUGUUGAUGCCAUUGUCUCAGCACACCAUGGCAUAGAAGAUUGUACUAGCAACAACAGACUGGUAGAACAUGUGAAGGAGAGGCCUGCAUACUCCAAAAGACCUCAGUCUCUUCAGGAAGUAGAAGCGACCCUGGCUGUUCUUGUACACAGUCUCUGUGUUGGAGCUCCACGCAUCUGUCAUCCAGGUGCACCCGCAGACUAAUGAGUGUUGUACUGCCAGACAGUGUCAACUGGAAUGGUCGACACACAGAUCCACUCUAAUCCAUUAACACCAAUUGAAAAUGACUCUGGGAGUCCCUUGGCUGGAGAAUUGGAACAGGAAAUGGAGAAAGUGCAGAACAUUUCACAGUCUACAGAGGACAACAGUUCAGAGGCCUUCUGUGCUGAUGAGAAUCUAACUUCAGGAAAUGGUCCAGGAUCAAAUGAGACUCCACAAGAUUCUCUUUCUCCAGCUUCUAGUCCAUCAUCAGUAACCUUACUGGUUACUUCAUUAACCCAAGAUGAAGCUUCCACCUCUGGGCUCUGCAUAGAAUGUCGAGUGUGUGGAGACAAGGCUUCUGGCUUUCAUUAUGGUGUCCAUGCCUGUGAGGGUUGUAAGGGAUUUUUUCGGCGAACAAUACGAUUGAAACUUGAUUAUGAUCAGUGUGAGCGCAAUUGUAAGAUUCAAAAAAAGAACCGGAACAAGUGCCAGUGCUGUCGUUUUCAGAAGUGCCUUUCUGUUGGAAUGUCACAUAAUGCUAUUCGUUUUGGUCGAAUGCCACAAUCUGAAAAGGAGAAGUUAAAAGCAGAGAUCCUAAUACUAGAGCAAGAUGUACAGAAUUCACAGAUGGCUGAUCUUGUAUCUCUUGCCAAACAUAUGUAUGAGGCUUACCUAAAGAAUUUUAACAUGAAUAAGACCAAAGCCAGAGCCAUUUUGACAGGCAAAGCUAAUGUUCCGCCUUUUGUCAUUCAUGACAUGGAGACAUUACGCCUUGCUGAAGAGAAUUUAGUAUCAAAGCAAGCAGUAAAUGGCAUCCAGAAUAAAGAAGCUGAAGUUAGAAUCUUUCAUCGCUGUCAGUGUACCUCAGUGGAAACAGUAAGAGAACUGACGGAAUUUGCAAAAUGUAUUCCUGAAUUUGUAAGCCUUGAUCUCAAUGAUCAAGUGACCUUAUUAAAAUAUGGAGUUUAUGAGGCCAUGUUUGCCAUGUUGGCAUCAGUUAUGAACAAAGAUGGGCUGCUGGUGGCCUACGGGAAUGGUUUUAUGACUCGAGAAUUUUUGAAAAGCUUGCGAAAACCAUUUAAUGAAAUAAUGGAGCCCAAGUUUGAAUUUGCCAUGAAGUUCAAUGCAUUAGAAUUGGAUGACAGUGACUUGGCUCUCUUUGUGGCUGCCAUCAUUCUGUCUGGAGAUCGACCAGGUCUGGUUAAUAUAUCACAGAUUGAACAGAUGCAGGAGAGCAUUGUUCAAGCCCUUCGCCUCCAUUUACACAGCAAUCAUCCUGAUGCUAUCUACUUAUUUCCCAAACUUCUCCAGAAAAUGGCUGAUCUCCGCCAGCUGGUUACAGAGCACGCCCAACUUGUCCAGAAGAUUAAAAAGACUGAGACAGACACUUUUCUACAUCCACUUCUACAGGAAAUUUACAGGGAUAUGUAUUAAGAAAUAAUGUAGCUUGUCACCAGUGUUCAAAGUUAUAAAUCUUCAAGCACUACUAAGAAUAAUAAGUGCAAGGAUUACUUAUUAGCCAAGAAUUGUUACUCAGUGCUUUUCUCAGGUUUGCUUAACAUGAUUGGCUGGUGUGCCUUGUGAGACUAUGUAGUUUAUUUCAUCUGAUCAAGAUUACAGUAUAUUUUUAAAUUGAUAAAUCCAGUGUAUAAUUGAGAUAUUUGUAAUUAAGGAAGAUUUGUUAUAAACUAAUCUAUAGUUAAUGACCGUAAGUUAUCAAGAAUGCUAAAGUAUCUAUUUUCAUUACCCUAAAUAUUGAACCUAAUCAAUUGUGUUUCAGCAAGAUGAAAAUCAAAUAAUUUACUAUGAAACUCAAAACUGAAUGGAUCAUUUUCCAUAAGUAUCAAUCACUGCACUCAUUAAAAUGCAGAAUGAAAGAGUACUGGUAUUUCAUGCAACAUUUUGUUUUCAAAGAUUUGAUAUACAUCUUCUAAUUUUUAUAUUCAAUAAUUCAAACUAUAUAGCCAGAAACUUUGUGAAUAAAUUUUAAGGAUUCACAAUUUUAAACAAUUGGUGAAAUAUUUUUAUCAUUGUAUACUUCUAUAUUUUCACAUCAUAUAAGUCAGUGAUAAUAAAUCAGAUUCUGAUUGUGUAGAAAAGGAGAAAACCACUACAAAGGAUUACAUUUCUGAACACUGCAUACAUUAGGAUAUCUAUUAUACUAAUAAUCUGACAAUUUAGUCCAAACCGAUUUCCAAACAAUGAAAAUCUUCCAGACAGACCUGCAACUGAAAACUAUACUCUAGUGAUAUUUCAAUGUUCUUCAGACCUCUACCCCUCCAUUUUAAAAAAUCCAUAUGCCUUCAUUUUAUGUGAUGCAUUUAUGGUUAUUUCAUUCCAUAAAGUAAAUCCCUUAAUACAAAAUCUUUGUAAAUUUAUGGUGUUCAUCCUGAUUUUGAAAUAGUGAAAAUAGUGUUCUCUUGCAAUAGUGAUUUACAAAAUUGUGUAAAGUUCUCAACUUUCAGGUCAUUAGUGGAAAUGGAGGGGGGGAGGAAUUUGAGUUCUAAUUAAAGAAUCAAUUUAAGAUUACCAUAGAGCACAAAAGAAUACUGAUCACAUUUUGUAGAAAAGCAUGUUGGUUAUGGAUGCCUCUGGUAAAUAGAUUAGUGUGUAAUCUCUGCCUUGAGGUGUCCAAACAAAAUCUUCAUCAAAGUUAAAUUAUUAAAGGUGACUACCCAUGAUUUUUAUGUUCUACCCAUCAACUGCAAAUUUAGUACAGGAUUUUUUAGUUCGGUGGUUAACAUCAGAUUCAAACUGUUAAAUUAUUUUUGCACUUGGGAGAAAAGCUGUAACUAAAGGUUAUUUUAUAAAGGAAAUGAAAUAAAAUGUUUUAGCCAAAUUUUUGAAGGUAGGAUCAGUCUGUGAAAUAAUCCUUAACUACAUAGUCAAUUUUUAAAAUAAAAUUUAAAGCUAAUUUUAUAUUUAUGCAGUAUAAUUCACAUUGACAUUAAAAUGAAUUACAACUCAAAAAUCAGCACACAAAAAUAACAAAGUCUAAAUUAUAAUUAUAUAAGUUUGAGGUCCUGACAAUUCUGGAAAUCAGAUUAUUUUCACUGUUCAGGGACUCAUUUUAAAAAAGCUAUUACUAGUAAUAAUAUUUUUUUAAAUGAGUCCCUGAACAUUUUAAAAAGACUGUUAUGGAGUUGUGAAAUGCCUAAGAUGGCUUUCUAAGUGCUUCAUGAUUGUUGACUAUUGUACAGUGAUUCCCUUAUUGAUGAUUAAAUGUAAAUACUUGGAAACACUAAAGCACAAUUUUACUUUGGCCACCAUUAAAACUAUUACAAAAAAAAACACAUCUAUAAUUAGUAUGUGUAUUUGCAUGUAGAAAAUCAAAUGGUACUGCCAAAUGCUUUAUCAAAAUAAUAGUAAUUCAGCUUCAUGUUUGGAGCUUGAGCACUUUUUUAACUGUUGUAUGCCAUAACUAUACAUUUGUUGCAUAGUACUUUUCUAUUGAAACUUUCAUGACAUUCAUUACAAACUGCCUUUUCUUGAAAUACACAAUUUCUAAGUACCUUUUAUGAAUUUAUAUAUGGACAUUCCAAUCUUUCACCAUUUGACUCCUAACUAUAGAAAACAGACUGAAAAUUAAUGUAGAUUGUGAAAUAUCAAUAACCUUGGUGAGAAAAACUAGAAUAAUAUGAUGUUAGAAAAAUAUAAAUCCAACAAUAUUGAUUUUCCUAAUUUAUUGUUUAUGUAGUCCAGUUUUAUUUCUAAGGUAAAUUGGUAAACACUUUCAAUUUUAACCUCAUUUGAUUCCUGCAGGAAUCCAGUUUUGAAUACAUAUCCUAUUCUUUUCCAUUAUUCCUUUGGUUUUAAUAUUUAGAUUUAACACAGAUGCUUUCCUAAUGUACUGGAUGAUAAAUUUCACAUUCUAUUUAGUUUUCAUUCAGUAAAAUUUUCCAUAGCUUAAAGAACCUAUAUUCCCCAACUAAACUUCUGUCAGUUUCUUAAUAUGAAUUUUCAACAAAUAAUGUUUUUACCCUUUUGCUGUUAUUUAUGCACCAAUUCAAAUCAACAAAAUAUUCAUGCCCUUUCUUGUAUUUUUGCUUAUUACGUUUUAUUGUGCCAAUGGUACAUUAUCAUUUUUCAGAUUUUUUAAUAUAUUUCUUUUAAAGAGAAAGCAAACCAAUGUCAGCAACAAAAUAUGAAAAGAGCUUUUUAGAUGUACUAAUAGUUUAGGAAAGUAUAAUUUCCUAACUCUGAAAAUAUGAUUAAUUCAUUAAUUGUUACAUUUAAAUUAAGCUAAACCAAACACAAAUCAGGUACCUGUUUUAUACAAAUGUGACGAACACAAUGCAAUCAUUAAUUUCUAAUGCCCAAGCGUCCUUUGGUGUACCUUUAAGUUCUUAAUAAUGGUACUUUAUUACAGUAAUUUUCAGUUUUAGGGAUUCAAUUGCAACAUUUAGUUUGCAAAUUUAGAUUUCUGUUAUGUGUGUGCCAAUUUUUAUGCCAUUCACCCUGUCAACUCUGCUUGUUUGAUUCAUGGAAUAUCUUAAUUGUUAAUUAAAGGGGACUGAACUGUUUUAAAUUUAGUGCUUGUUGAUUUUGCAAAAUUGAUGAAAGUUUAAAUAAUAAAUCAAAAGUGCUUCCAUUGCAGAAAGGGGUAAUAUUCAAGUACUAAAAUAUUCUACCACUAUUGUUUAGUAUACUAUACACAGCAAUAAGUUAAUGAUUUAUAAACUAACAAAAACAGCAAUAUCUCCUCUCAAUUUUGAUGUGCUUGGUUAUUUUACACUUGUAUUGAUUUUCUCCUUUUUAUGUUUCGCAUGGACAUUACAAUCAUAAGUGGCAUUAAAUAGUCAGAAGUGGUUAGAAAUAGUCAACAAAAUCUCAUACAAAAAUAGUUCUCAGAUUCCAGGUUCAACAUCUGUACAAUUUAAAGCUUUGUCGGAACACUCAAGAUUGAAUAAAACCCUACAAGCACAUUUAGUUUGUACAGAGUUGUCUUGGCAAUGUUUUUAUGUCCGUGAUUACUUUUUUGUUUCUGGUUGUUUUUUUGAAAUUUCCUUACAUUUACUAUUUUUAAGGCAGGAAACAAUUUGAAACUGACUUUAUGAAUGUUCUUAGUGUUGCAACAUCAUUUGACAAGAAGAUUUGUAUUGCUGCCAAGAUAUUCCAACAUGAUGCAUAAUGGAUAAGGUGGCAUUUUUAAAAGGAUCUUUUUCAGCAGUGGCUCUAAGAUUAAGGAAAAUCCAUAAGUUCUGACGGAGUAUUGUAUUCUGUUUGAAUGUAAGCCUUGAGUUUCAUGUCUUGAUGUUUGACUGUGUUGCAUACAUUUAAUCUCCAGCAUGGAUGUUCUCAGAAAUGUGUGAGCUUGGUUUCUUUCAAUGGUAUAUCUACCUUGAAAAUGAUGAAACUUAGUUAUUUUUCUCAGUAAUGCAAAAACAAAGUCAUGAUAUUUAAAAUCAUCUAUUUGCUUGACUUCAGUUAGUUGUUUGUUUGAGAUCCUAAUCAAUAAAAUUUUCAAGUGCCAGAAGCCUGAAUUCAUACAGCCAGAAGAGGUUAAUUUCUAAUCUUUAUUGCUGAUGAUUUUUGUAAACUUUUAUCAGUAACAUUACAAAAUAUUGUAUCAAAAAUGCAUCCACAGGUGUCCAAGUUGCUUAUUUCCUCAGGUUAAAGCAAAUCUUGCAGAAGAUGUGUAAAUAUAGGGGGACGUUGCUUCUGAAAAACAGCCUUGGACUGGUAUACUGACCCAAGACAGAACAAUAUUAUUUUUGCACUUUAUCAUGAACGAUAUUCAUUAAUUAAUCAAUAUAUGUUUAUACUGGCAACUGUUUAAAAUAUAUAAGCAUGGAAAAUGCAUGGAGAAUAUUGCCAGUAGGAGGAUCCCUAGGUUAGGUUUCACAGCAGUCAAUAGAAAUGGUGAAAUUUAUCCUUUCCAACAAUAACAUUUAUAUACGGAUGUGUUCUGUAACUUAAAAAUAAGGGAUAGUGCUUCAAUAUAUAAAUUGCAUAAUAAUGCCUUUUUGAGCUCUGAUAAUUUUGUGUGUGUGAACGCAAGAGAUUGAUGUACAUACAAAUGAAACUUGUGUUGUAAAACUUACUGAACUUAUCUUUGAAAUCAAGAAAUGUUUGUACCUUCACUUUUGAAAAUCAAUAAAACUGAAUUUAAAUGGAAUGUAAAAAUGUCACAUUU